AUGCGAGGACACUCGCCACUUGCGGAAAAGAGAUCUGGGGCAUCGUCACAUGUGCAUCGUCAUGUGCCUUUAAUCGUCGGAUCAUGUGUGGGAAGUCUUUUGUGUCACUUCGCUUGUCAGAGUCGGGGUCCAAGGUCGCAUCUCUUGGGCUUGAUAUGCUUUUACAGCGCUGGCAGCGUGCGGCCCAGAGUGGAGGAGCCCUUCGAUGAGGGCGGCAGCGUCGGGCCAAACACGUCAGCCACCUCGGUUUCGAAAUCAGGUGUCGCCGGUGUCGCUACAAAAAAUGCCAGUCAAGUCGGCACUCAGCCUGCCAACAGGUCUCAAACGUUCUGUGAUCUUGUUCACUACGCAAUUCCGGAGCUGAACAACGUCUCCAUGGUGCCCGACGCCGUCGGCGAGGCUUGCGACCUCCUGGGCCUGGAGGCCGGGCAAUGCAGAACCACACACAGCCUUUGGAGCUGCAUCCCGGAGGAGGGCGCCUGCAAGUGCAAAUGGCGUCCGUUUUGCCACGGCGUGGAUGUCGUUCUCAAAGCAGCAGCCGAUCAGCUAGCUUGCCGGCCGAAUCUUGGAUAUGGGACAUGCCAGUGUUGGGCGUUCGGCGAGUGUCCUUCGCAAUCUGGCAGCUGGAGAUGCUCUCGAUCAGCACAGGCCACGUACACUGCGCAAGAUGAGUGGCAGCUACAUGAGGCCGACUUUCUCAGCUUUAGCUUUGCUGGUGGUCGCACCUCCCGUCGCGAUGCUAGUCAGAAGGACACGCGACGGUUGAAGCUGGAGGAGGACCUUCUCCGUGCUGGUUCCUGCCACUGCAAGCAGGAAACCGUGCAGAUACCGCUGCCGCUGAGCCCACUGGAAGAGGAAGCGCUGAUGAAGGAUGCCCUCCGGCCUUUGUCUUUUCCGCUGCAAAAUGCCACAGCUGCUGGGAUACCCAUCGAAAACAAGGAGUCCGACAAAGACGACUCUGGGAAGACAAGGCUUGCACUGACUAUCAACCCAAAAAAGGACCUGAAGGAGCCGUCGAAUCAGCCUACCGGCAAGCCGUCAAGGACGAGCUCUGUCGCAUUCGGUUUGGCUAUGCUUGCUGGACCUCCCGUGCAUGGCGGAGAGGUUGGGGGAGACAUUCCUGAGCAUUGUGCCGCCCGAUGCCGAAAGCACGCCACCGGUCGCUGCAAUCGUAGUCCCUCAGGUCAUCACGGACGGAGUUGUCACCUUCAGCAAGCUUCAUGUUGCGGUCUUGCUUCCGGUGGCACUCGUGCUUCUGCUCAUCGUUUGCUGCAACUCGGGGAUGCUAUUGGGUUUCUGGCUGGGAAGGAAUGCGUCGCCCUUGGCAUACGAUCCUGGAGCCAGGCGCUCGUCCUUCGGCACGCCCCGCACGAUGCCGCCGUUGUCGUUGUUUUGCUCAUGGUCCUCAUGAAGAUCAAUGUGACGCUGGGCGAAACCCGCUCACAGGCUACUGUAGUGUACUUGUUGGAACGGUUUGCCGUGAGCAAUGAGCACCGCGUGGCUGUCAUCGAAGAGCAUCAUUCACGGACAUCUGUUUUGACCACUGCCCACAUCAUUAUCGACGGCUUGAAGGGCCAGGGCGCAUUUCCGACGGCUGCGGCCUUGGCUUGCCGGAAGCUGGGCUCCGUGUCGGUGCAGCAGCUACUGUAUCCUUUUCGAGUCUGUCUCCCUUACGAGAGCCUUCACUAUCCGCCCUUCUGUGCAUGUUCAGGCUUGGCCUCUGGCCUCCUGCUGGCCUCCGAACCCUUCGGGGGAAUGUUCGGCGUUCUUCUGGUGGGCGCAUACAUGCUGAGGAUCUUCGGCUACUGGGAGCUCGGCACAGCUGCCGGCCUUGUGAGCGGUCCUGCUUUGGCUUCCUUUCUCGCAACAGGUCCGUGGGCGCAGAUUCUGCCGGGGCCAGGCGAGGCGAUGGCCGUUUGCAUUGCCAUGCUCGCAUGCUGUUUGAUGGUCGCCAUCUUCCUCUUCUUCCCCAGCACAUCGGACUUGUGCGAGGAUGGUGCUGUAGGUGCACGACCACUUUCCGGGGCGGCCCUAACGGACAGAGCAUGGACGGUGCAGCUGACACUGUCCGGCAGCACGAUCGUGCGGCUGCUGCUUCGGCUCGCGUGGGAAGCGGCCGCGGCGAUUGUUUUGGCAACGCACUUCUGCCUCGGGCAUAAGAUGUCCGGCUACGGCAUUACUGUCACCUUUGCCCUUUAUAUGGCGGCACAAAGCAUCUUCGUCAUGUACUGCGAGAAUUUUAGCGAUCACACUUUGAUCCGUUCCUGCGAGUUUCUCGAGAUGAUUGGGCUAGUCCUGAUGUUCCGAGUGCCCUCGGACGUGGAGACCACGCUGAUGGAGGACGUAAUGGGAGCCAGUGCUUUCAUCCGUCUGGCGCAGUUUCUGUUCGGCUCCGCACUUUUCUACACUGGUAACUGCCUGACUUCCGCGCCUUUGAGCUCAUGGGCCACGAAGUUUGGCCCCGGGAGCGAAUCGGUGAUGUUCUUUGCACACCUGGCCAUCCAGUGUGGCGUGUUCGCCGGCGGCUUGCUCUCGCGAGUCUUUACGAGCAUGGACCCUCAUCAGAACAUGAUCGUCGUGGCUUGGCAUUCGCAGCUGUCGUCUUGGUGA